AUGACAAUAGUUAGCCGGAGAUUACCACGUUUGUUGGCGCAAGCGUAUUGUGCUAAAUCGGACGUUUUAGCUCCAAAAGAUGUGACACCAGAAAAUGCUAUUUACGAUAAAGUCACACAUACUGGCCAGGCAUGGGAUCAAGCGGAUCAUCGAAAUGUAAGAUUUACCAUAAUGCCGAAACAAGUAAAUCCAAAUAUUGCACAAAAAUUGAUCGCUGAAGUUCCACCAAUUGAAACAGACCAACGUAUCGUUUACUGUGAUGGUGGUCAUUUUGCAUUAGGCCAUCCACGUGUAUAUAUUAAAUUGGAUAAACCUGGUAAUCAUGCUUGCGGUUAUUGUGGACAACGUUUCGUCAACACCCAUUUCACCCAGGGCGAUGAUCACAAUAUCAAUCAUCUGGUAACAUAG